AUGUUACGACGAACCCUGCUCAUAAACCAAUCAAACGACGGAACGAACGGCCGCGAACAAGCUGAGCCACCACAGCUGCGGCUGUUUCCAUCUAUCACGCCGUCCAGACUCGCGUCCGGGGCUGGCUCAAGAGAUAGUAAUGUCGGUGAGGCGGUGCACACAGGCCGCCGGACCAAUCCUAUGCCUGACAACUGGCAGACGUUGAAACAUCGACUCCAGAGCUCUCAGUUCUUGUUCUCCAAGUUCAAAACAGCUGCUUCGCACUACUUUCCGACAAACACCAUCACGAUGCCUGCCAGUGUUGCCUCCUCCGUCUCGACUAUCAUCAAGCCCUCACCAGCCCCGAAGUGCGGUGAGUCGUGCGAUUGCUGUGGUUGCGACGAGUCCUGCUGGUGCACCGUCAUGUAA